CCGCUCCCUCACCCUCCCCGCGACCCCUCGUGACCGCCGCCAAGAAACGCGCCAACUGGCGCAAGCUCGAAACAUCCAUGUCGUACGAAAGCGCACUUUUACUUUUGUCUUUUUUCCGUGCAAAAAUUUGAAGUAGGUACUGCAACUUCAACUGCAACUCCAGUGUUCUCCACGUCCGCACAACUCAACCACCGCGACCGACAGACGAUUGAAGACCGACCGACGACCGAAGCCAUGGCCAAAGACACCAAGACAAAGACAAAGCCUGUCGACCCGCGCCUCAUCGCCCUCGUCGGCUCGUUCCUGAAGGAUCACGGACUCGACGCCAGUGCGAAGAUUUACCCGCUGGAUGUCAAGGCGAAGAAGUUGACGACUUCGGGCGCUGGGGCGGGGCCGAAGUCGCUGGCGGAGGCGUUGAAGGCUUGGGAUAAGGCGGCUGCUGGGGCUGGGACUGGAGCACAGGAGGAGGAGGAGGAUAGUGGGAAUGAGAGUGAUAGUGAGAGUAGCGACAGUGGCGAGGAGACCCCGGAUAGCAGCGAUGAUGAGAGUGGAGAUGAGGAUGUGGAGGCCAAGAGUGAUAGCUCGGCUACGGUCAGUGGGGAUGAUAAAAGUGAGGUGAAGGUCAAGAAGGUCAAGGAGGAGAAGAAGGAGACCAAGGAGAAGAAGGACAAGAAGGAGGACAAGAAGGAGAAGAAGGAGGAGAAGAAGAAGGAGAAGAAGAGCGAAGACAGCAGCUCGGACUCGGACUCGGACUCCGACUCAUCCAAAUCGUCCGCCUCGUCUGAUUCCGACUCGGACUCUGAUGCGGCGUCCAAGAAGUCCGAUUCUUCAGAUUCGGACUCUGACUCUUCAUCCUCUGUGUCGUCCGACUCCUCCUCUGAUUCGGACUCUUCCAAGUCCUCCAGCUCGUCCUCAUCGUCGGACUCCGAUUCCGACUCCAAAUCCAAGGUGGCCAAGGUGGCCAAGAAGUCCAGCAAACCCUCUACCUCUUCGGACUCUUCAGACGCCGACUCCGACUCUUCUUCGGACUCGUCGUCUGGCGCCUCUUCCUCAUCCGAGUCCGAUAGCUCAUCCUCCUCCGACAGCUCUUCCGACUCCGAUAGCUCUUCCGACUCGGACUCUUCAUCAUCUGACGAAGAUGACAAGAAAGCCAAGAAGUCCAAGGAUACCAAGAAGGACAAGAAGGACAAGAGCAAGAAGGAUAAGAAGAGUGAUCCCGCUCCCACUUCCGAGGAGCAGGAGGAGGAGCCCGAAACCAACAAGCGCAAGCGCAGCACCUCAUCCGAGCCCGACGCUAAGAAGCCCAAGAUCGAGACGCCCUCCAACAAACGUUUCUCGCGCAUCAAUGUGGCCGGCACAGUGUACGAGGACGAAACCCUCAUGCGUAACGACUACGAGGCCGUCGGAUUCGCCGAGAACCACUAUGCUGCUAGAGCUCACCAGGACUUGAUUGUUACUCGUGGAAAGGGAUUCACCAAGGAGAAGAAUAAGAAGAAGCGUGGUAGCUACAAGGGCGGUGCUAUCGACUUUUCCACUAAGUCUUACAAGUUUAAGGAUUAGAUGGGUACGGUUGUUAAAGAGCGAGACAUAUGCAUAGGAUACCGAGAUACCAUGAAGGGGCUGCCUGGUCUGUCUAUAUAGCUUUUUUCUGUUUCCUUUUCUUCUAUUGGGCUAGAUGUACCUUUUUCUUCUCUGCUUGGACUGCUUGAAUGUUGGGAGGUGUGCUUUAAUGAUUGGCGUAUCAAAAAGUUUUUUGGCGUAAAUGAUAGACAUAAUUCAACGGCUG